AGAAAUGGGAUAAAAUUACGUCGCAGGUACUUGGAAAUACUAUAGAUUAUUUUAUGCUUUGCGAUCAGUGUUCAGAAUGGAAUUGCAACUGCAACUUAUACAGUCAUUCAUAAUACUGCAAUGCAGUUAUGUCGCCAGAAUGCUAUCUCUACAACACAAAAUGAAUGCAUUGUUUGAUUCAAUCGACAGAAUGUUGCAUGUAAAAUAUAUUAAACUCUUUUUCUCUUUGUCUUUCGUCCAAUUUAGUCGAACACGUUGAAUUCAUUUUUAUUUGACAUCUUAUACUUGAUUUUCUUUAGUUCGUCGAAAAAAUGUAUAUUUGUUUUUUUAGUUUUUGCAACAUUAUCAACAGAGUUGUUUUUGUUCUAUUUCUCAGAUUUGUUGUUUCAUCAUGAAUGGUGAUCUAACUGUAAAUAAAUACUUGCGAACUCUUUAUAGUUUCCACCAUAGAUACAUUUUAGUGAUUUUCAUUUUAUUAAAAUACUAAUACGUUUCAGAGCGAAUGCUUUUUGACUCAUUACGGUCCAUUUCAAGAGCGAAAAGAGAUGACUACGUUACCCAAAUUACCCUUACUAGCGAACAAGACAAACCAAGAUGGCGAUGUGUUAGGGGGAAGGAAUUUAGCAGACGCAGCGAUUGGUGGUUCGACCGACAAUGGUCCACGGCUUGCUCAUUUUCAUCAACUCAGCUGUCACUAUAACAGCGUCGGCUGCGAAUUCGUUGCAUCAACUGAAAGUGAACUAACUUCCCACUAUGCGAACAAUCAUUGCAUAACGAACCACCUAAAGUACACAGUGGUUGAACUCGAAAACUUAAAGCAGCAAAUGGCCCUGCAGAAUCAAAGCAUAAAGAAAUACCAACAGAACGUGGAAAAAAUACAGCUGGGCCAUAAAAUCGCAUUGGCGAAAGCCAAUAAUUCCAUUCAACCCGAGAAAAAUAUUUCAUCGGUGGCAGAAACGGACUCAAGGAAAGUGCUGGAAGAAAUAAAUAUGAACAAGGAAAAUACGACAAUGGCUAUCCCGCCUCAAAUUGAAAAAUUCAUUGAAAAAGCGCCUCUGUGGAGUUUCAAGAAUCUGUAUUUUGUGUAUCAAAUGCAGAGCUCUUUAGCAGAAAUUAAAGAUGAAUUAAGUGUUGAGAAAAAACUGAGUGAAGACCUGUCAAAACAGAUGAAAAUUCUUCAGGAGCAAAUGAGGAAAAUUCAAGGUCAAGUGCCAGGAAAAGAGGCGACACAGCUCUGGCUGAACAGAAAUGCGAACUCCACUUCGUCUCCAAACUCGACCAUGAUGAUUCCCGAUUCGGGUUAUCAGACAGCCGAGGAAAAAAUGAAGACGGACUCUAACUCGUUAGGGUCAACUAUAUCUGAAGUUCCGAAUGAAAAAAUAACUGAAUUGAUCAAUAGAGUGGAAAGUCUUGAAAAGACAUGCGAAGAGCUAAAAAACGACAGAGAACGAUGCAAACAGUUGGAGAGAUUCGUUAUGCACUUGCACGAGAGAAUAAAAAGUUUGGACUGUGGCCGAACGGGAGUGUUCAUUUGGAAAAUCACAGGAUUUGAAGCUAUUUUUGACAACGCGAAAAAGCAGCACGAGUUGAAAUUGAAAGGACUUCCCUCGACAGACGCGGCCAACUCGGCCUGUGAUUUCUGCAGUCCACUGUUCUACACUGCGCCUAAUGGAUAUCUGAUGUACAUGAGGCUCUACCCGUUUGGAUGCGACUCGGCUGCAGGCAACUUUGUGUCUUUGUUCGUGGCUCUAAGCCCAGGAGAGUAUGACGGAGUACUCAAAUGGCCCUUCCUCAAUUCGAUCGAGAUCAGUCUACUUAGUCAGGAGGACCCGGCGGACAAGUGGACUCAAGUGAUCACACCAGGUGGCAACAACAUGACAUGCUUCCAGAGACCUUCGUCUAAAUCUGGAAACAUGAGUGUGGGCAUCCUCCAUUUCAUCGUCCACAGUAAAAUCUACAAGGAGUCGCCGUAUAAGAAGAACGACACUAUUUACGUGGAAGUGCGCAUUCGUGAAAACGAGAACACAUACGCAGGACCAACCAAGGCUAAAGUGCCCAGAAGCAGCCAUGGAAGCAGCCACUAAACGCUUUCCUUAAAUGGAAUGCCUAUCGCGGUGUCUGGUAGAGUCGGAACGUUUCAACUCAUCCAACUGUACAUAUCGUUUCUUUACAUCUUCGUGGAACUGACUACGUUUUCUUCUUCUUCUAAUUUGUUCUCACCAGGCAAGUGGCGGUAUUAAUCAGUCCACUACGACUGAUGAUGAAAAUGGGAGGGAUUUAUUAUAUUCCACAAGUUCAUUGCUGUUCAUAAUAAUGAUAUGAUGUUCGUACUUGGCAAAAUCCUUUUCGAGAAAAACUCACAUCAAAACUCGAGAAUUUUGAAUCUUCAGACGAUUUUAUGGUGCUACGCUAUUAUCAUAUUAUGUUAACACGCUAUUAACACGUCUUUUUUAAAGCAUGCCAUUACUAAAUGAAAUUAUCUUUUUCUCUAAAACCAGGAGUUUUAAUUUAUUAUCGCUCUGCGAAUGGAAUGACUGGCAAACUGCAACAGUUCCCUCUGUUUCCAGCUUAGCUAAGUCAUUUGUGACUAUUCAUAGCUUUUGCUGCAAACAAGGGAGUAUUGUAGAAAAAAAUCAAGCUAAACAAACUCAACUGAACUCCUGCUUUCAUUCGUCCCUUAAUUUAUUGUUAUAUGCAUUUAAUUUUCAGUUGGUGAAAUUUAACGUUUCAAUUUAAUUUGACCAUUUUUUGGAAUUUCGCUUAAGUGGGUUGUACGCACGGGGGAGGCUCGCUGGAAGUUUUGGUGUUCAGUUACUACAGCUUCUUGUUGGAGCAACUUCAGUAUCUGAUUUUAAAACUUCCAAGUGGCCAAAAAGCAAAAAGCGUACUAACUGAAUUCUCGUCUUCCAGCUUCAUAUUUACAACAGCUAUUGUUUCAUUAUUGGUGUUUUUUGUCAAUAAGUUGGUUGAAUUGGUCGCGGAUUUCCUAUGAAAUCACAGAAGUGACAAAGGAUAGCCAGUUCAAUUGACAAAGAGCCUUAAAAAUGAAUUUGUCUCUUUGAACCCAGCUGAUUACUUCUGCUCGCUAAUCA